AUGGAUGAUCUUUACGAUGAGUUCGGUAAUUAUAUCGGAGACGGCGCAGAGUCAGACGAAGGAUCGGAGGUCGAAAAUGGCAAGCCCCAGGGCUUCGCGUUUGAUGAAGCUUUCGAGGAAGAGGAGGAUGAGGACAUUAAUGGGGCUAACGACCAGCAAUUGAUGGAGGUUGAUGCUGCUCCAGAGACGACUUCAAACGCCGUUGUUCUACAUGAAGAUAAGCAAUACUAUCCUACAGCUCAGCAGGUAUACGGUGCAGAUGUCGAGACUUUGGUCCAAGAAGAAGACGCCCAGCCUUUAUCGGAGCCGAUUAUUGCUCCUGUCGAGCAGAAAAAAUUCGCGAUCGAAGAAUCUGCCUUGCCGCCUGUUCAUUUCUCGAGAGAAUUUAUGACAGAUAUGCUGAAUUUCCCUGAAAACAUCCGCAACAUUGCAAUUGCUGGUCAUCUUCACCAUGGCAAAACCGCUUUUAUGGAUAUGCUCGUGGUACAAACCCACGACUUGUCAGAGCGUUUGGAGAAGAGAUCAGGCAGACGCAAAGAGGAACAAUUGCGAUACACCGAUACGCAUUUCUUGGAAAGAGAACGAGGCCUCUCGAUCAAGUCCGCGCCUAUGAGCUUGGUUCUGCAGGGGACCAAGGGCAAGUCACAUCUUUUCAACAUUAUAGACACUCCAGGACAUGUAAACUUCGUGGACGAGGUAGCUUCCUCGCUACGCCUGGCAGACGGUGUUGUGCUGGUCGUCGAUGUUGUUGAAGGAGUACAAACAAACACCAAAAAGAUCAUUGAGCAUGCAGUUCUAGAGGAUCUUCCCUUGACGUUGGUCGUGAACAAAAUGGAUCGGCUCAUCCUAGAACUCAAACUUCCUCCUAAUGAUGCAUACUUCAAAUUAAAACACGUCAUUGAGGAAGUGAAUACAGUCAUUGAGAGCGUGUUGCCUGGUCAGGGCGAGAAGAGGCGGGUAAGCCCAGAAUUAGAAAAUGUUGCCUUUGCUUGCGCAUCAAUGGGCUGGUGCUUUACUCUGCAGUCAUUCUCCAGAAUGUAUGCAGAUACCUACCCUCAGAUCGACACUGCUGAAUUUGCACGGCGUCUCUGGGGCGAUAUCUUCUUCAAUCCUCGCAGUCGGAAAUUUUCGCGAAAAGGGAUGGAAGAAAACUCUCAACGAAGCUUCGUGAAGUUUGUCCUUGAGCCGGUCUACAAGCUUUACUCUCAUACUAUGAGUGAAAGCCCGCAAGAUUUGAAGGAGACCCUAGCUAGUGUGGGCAUCAACCUGAAAUCGUCAGAGCUCAAGUCAGAUGCAAAGACGCUUCUCAAUCUCGUCUGUGGACAGUUCUUUGGGACCGCAGCAGGAUUUGUUGAUAUGGUCGUACGACACAUCCCUUCUCCAGUGGAUGGCGCCCAGAAGAAGCUUGACCAUUACUAUACCGGACCUCUUGACACUAAAGUGACUGCUGCGAUGGCUGCUUGUGAUCAAGACGGUCCACUUGUCGUUCAAAUCACCAAGCUGUUUAGCACCACAGAUGCUACUCGCUUCAAUGCAUUCGGGAGGAUCAUGAGCGGAACGGCUCGACCAGGUCAGCAGGUUCGAGUCUUGGGCGAGAACUAUUCUCCAGAUGAUGACGAAGACAUGGUCAUUGCAACCAUUUCCGAUACAUGGAUCGCCGAAACAAGGUACAAUAUUCCUACCAGCGGCGUUCCGGCGGGGAAUUGGGUUCUGCUAGGUGGGAUAGAUAAUUCCAUCGUCAAAACCGCAACUAUCGUGCCUCUCAAACUCGAGGAUAACGAAGAUGCUCACAUAUUCAAGCCCAUUCGGCAUAUCACAGAAUCUGUCUUCAAAGUGGCAGUUGAGCCGGUGAAUCCAUCUGAAUUGCCCAAGAUGCUGGAAGGCCUGCGCAAAGUCAACAAGAGCUAUCCUUUGAUCUCCACGAAAGUCGAAGAAUCGGGUGAACACGUGGUUCUGGGAACAGGCGAGCUUUAUAUGGAUUGCGUUCUGCAUGACCUACGAAAACUGUAUUCCGAGAUGGAAAUCAAGGUGUCGGACCCUGUGACCCGCUUUUGUGAGACUGUGGUCGAGACUUCGGCUAUCAUGUGUUACUCGAUCACACCAAAUAAGAAGAACAAGAUCACCAUGAUUGCAGAACCACUGGAUGAUGGUAUUGGCGAAGACAUCGAGAGCGGUCGCGUAAGCAUCAAGGAUCCGAUUCGGAAAGUGGCAAAGUUCUUUGAAGAGAAGUACGACUGGGACAAACUCGCCGCGAGAAGCAUCUGGGCAUUUGGCCCGGAUGAGAUGGGACCUAAUAUCUUGCAGGAUGAUACACUGCCUUCACAGGUUGACAAGAAGCUGUUAAGUACAGUCAGAGACACAAUUGCCCAGGGCUUUAGCUGGGGGACAAGGGAAGGGCCUCUUUGCGAAGAACGGACUAGAGGACUGUUCUUUUUGUGUGUUGGACUGACCAAGUCAGCGAUCCGGAAUGCGAAAUUUAAGCUCACGGAUAUCACCCUUGCCGAUCAAGCCAUUUAUAGAGGAGGCGGUCAGAUCAUUCCUACGGCUAGACGAGCUGUUUACUCAUCUUUCCUCAUGGCAUCUCCACGUUUGAUGGAGCCUAUCUAUUCUUGCACGAUGACAGGGCCUGCGGACGCUGUUGCCUCCGUGUACACCGUUCUAUCCCGCAGAAGAGGCCAUGUCCUUUCUGAUGGACCAAUUGCCGGCACUCCCCUCUAUUCCGUUCACGGGCUAAUUCCAGUGAUCGACUCGUUCGGCUUCGAAACUGACCUUCGAAUCCACACUCAAGGCCAGGCAACCGUAAGCUUGGUCUUCGACAAAUGGAAUAUUGUUCCAGGCAACCCGCUAGAUCGGGACAUCAAACUCAAGCCGUUAGAGAUGGCACCUGCCAUGUCCACUGCUCGGGAUUUUGUGUUGAAAACCAGACGGCGAAAGGGUCUUGCGGAAGACAUCACCGUGAGUAAAUUCCUGGAGCCGGAACUUUGGAAGGGCUUGAACGAAAGCGGAAUUUUGGAUGUAUAA